AUGGCGACUAUGAACCCGGGCUUCUUGCCCACCAUCAAAUGCUCCAACUGUGGCCACAAUGUCGAGAUCUCGGCCAUGGGCGACCAUGUGUGCUCUGCCGUCGACCACACCCCUGUCGCACCCAUCCCGUCUCCUCCUCCCUCCGCGGGGCUCGAGGCUACCGAUAGACUGAAGCCUGGCCGAAUGCCCCCUCGCAUCGAUCCUUCAAUCGCAAACCGCGCAUUCCUCCAGCCCAAUGUACCGACGCCGGCGAGUAGCGUAGGCUCACAUUUGUCAUCGCCGCUCUCCGCGAGGUCGGCACCUCGGUCUCCGAUGAAGGCAUCCCCGGAAGAUGAUUCGGUGCUCGAUCUGGAUUCCGUCUUCUCCUUCCCGAUGCCCGGGAAUCGGCCACCGGCCCGCGUGGGAACCCCGGGCAGGACGGCCGAUUCGACGGCACGAUCGGCGGCCCUCACGCCAUCACCGCAACUCGGUGUCAACCUCAUGCCGGAGGAGAUACAGCUUCCCGCCAGCCCACUUCCGCCCUCCCGAGAAACCGCAGAGAUGGCUCACCAGCGGGGAGAUUCGUCGGUGAGCCACAGUAGCUACCGCACCUCGUUGGAAAGCACUCGCCACGGAACGUCGACCGCUCGAUCUUCAACGAACAGUUUCUCGCGUGGGCUCCGCACAUUCAUGGACGAUACCCCGCCGAUGCCACCGCCCCUUCGAACUCCGAACAAAGGUUCCUUUUCUCGAGACUCGAACCAUUCCGUCAGCUCCUCCUAUCGGAAUGACCGCGAAGAAACCUACAGUGGAUUUGAUUUCGGCAUCCAGGACCACCAUCCUUCGGGCCUGCAUGAUUUGCCCGAGGAACGCUCACCGGAAGAGGCUGCAUCCAACCUCGACGAAGCCUUCCCACCACCUACACAAACACACCUUCACCCGGCCGAUGCCGAGUUCGGCAGUGAUGGUUUGAGAAAGCGAAACUCCGACGCUACGAGUGAGAGCAAUCUAUCCGUCACGAGCUUUGCGCAGGCCUUGGGCCUGGAGAGCCAUUCACAGCAACCGGAGGGCUCGACUUCCUCGGACUCGUCACCACCAUCAGAUACUCGCAGUGGCAGUUCCAUGUCCAGCCUGCCCUCCGAUGUGAGCUUGAACCGCCAUAAACCAUCCGAUCCCCUCAAUCUCGGCCCGCUCGUCAAGGAACUACCCCCACGAACGCGUCAGACGAUUCUGGAACUGCCAGGUCGGAUACCGGGUUCCAUGGACGAGGUCCCCCCGAUACCAGCAGCAUUUUUCAGCCCGGACUCGCCCACUGAUCCGGCGAUCGGCCAAGGCAGUCUGUCAUUGAUCGUCGAGAAGCGCGAGGAGCACCAAAAGCGCGAGGAGGCCUCGAGAGAACAUCAACCCGAAGAACCUCAGUUUCCUCCUCGAGCUCUGGAGCGGUCAGUCACCGAGCCAAUCCUUCCACCACCAAGUCGAUCUGCGACACGAUCAAAAGGUAAAUGCAAAGGAUGUGGUGAGAAUAUCAUGGGGAAAUCGAUAUCAUCCUCCGAUGGUCGUCUUACAGGGCGAUACCACCGUGGCUGCUUCGUCUGUUUCGAAUGCCAUUCUCCUUUCCAAACGGCCGAUUUCUACGUCCUCAGCAAUCGUCCUUACUGCGCACAACACUACCACGAGCGCAAUGGGUCUCUGUGCUCCACCUGUCAUAAUGGAAUCGAGGGCCACUAUCUCGAGACCGUCGAACGAAACCCCAACCGACCAGAUCGUCGUCGAUUCCACCCCGAAUGCCUGCAAUGUCGAACCUGUCAUGUUUUGCUCCAGGGUGAUUAUUUCGAAUGGAACGGUGAAGUCUAUUGCGAACGUGACGCUCGUCGGGCUGCAGCCGCUCUCUAUCCACCUCCUCCUGGCCGUCGGCGACCCACCCCCGGAUCCUCUCCGUUAGGUUCUUCUCCCUUGUCUCACGGAUAUCCUCCCCCAACUGGAUAUCCUCCUCCCCGGUCCCCGGGGCCGGGUCAGGGACUUCGUCCCGGGCCACGGUUCCCCUCCGGCGGCGCUCGACGUUUCCCGGAGAGACGAACCACCAAGCUCAUGAUGAUCUGA